AUGGGGAACGGAACGCGAAUCGCCCCCUCCUCUUUCUCCCUCCCUCCCUCCCUCCUCCUCCCUCCCUCCCUCCGAUCCGCCGCCCGCCCUCUCGGCUUCCGUCCCCUCCCCCUCCCGCAAAGCCCCGGAUGGAGCCGCUGCCGCCGACUCGCCGCCGCCUGGCUCCGGGGGAUGGUUUUGUCAGGCGGCCAGAGCCCGGCGCCAGGCGCGGCCGCCGCCGCCGCCGCCCCUGCCCGCCCUUCCCAGAACCGCGCUCCCGGGGGACCCGCGCCCUCCGCCUGCCUUCGCCCGGAGCCGGGCCGGGGCCAUUCGCCGCCUUUGUUGCCACCGUCUCCGCCGGAACCGUUUGCGAGCCCGGUGCCCCCUCCCGCCCCCGCCCCUCCGCCUUCCCGGAGCCCGGGCCGGGGCGGCACGUGGGCGCCGGCCCGGGAGGGAGGCGGUGCGCGCUUACCUGCCGCCGGGGCCGCUGCGGCGCGGGCUGUGGAGGGGGCACCGCGGCGGCCUGGCCGUGCCCUGCCCGCCGCCGCCGCCGCCGCCGCCGCUCGCUGCUGCUGCUGCUGCCGCCGCGGUCGGUGUCUCCGGCGGCGGCGGCGGCGGCGGGGCUUUUCCUGUCCGGUUACGUUAAGGUCACAUGACCGAGGGAGCGGAGCGACUAGUGCAGAGGCUGCGAGCGGCUCCCGCCGGGGGGGAGGCGGCGAGCGCUGUGGCGGCAAGAGCCCCCGCCGCCCCCCUCCGCCGCCGCCCUCCCCCUCGCCCGCCUCCGCCUCCGCCUCCUGCAGCCCGGCCGCCGCCGCCGCCGCCUGCAGCCUGCAGCCUGCAGCGCCCGCUCCGCGCCGCGCCCGCCGGGCUCCGCGCUCCGCUCCGGCCAAACUUGUGCAGACCAUGUGCAGCCGAGGCAGGAACUUCUGCCCGCGCCGCGGGGCCCGAGGCUGCGGUUCCCGGCCCAGGUCCACAUGCAGGGGCUUAGGUAGGAGGGCCCGGGAGGGAUGCUCUGGGGGAGGGAUGAUGGAGAGCUUCGGGUCGGGCCCCCUGCAGGCUCCCCGUGCUUGA